CUGAUACAUGCUACAACAUGAAUGAACCUUGAAGACAUCUUGCAGAGAUGUUGCCUUAUUUAUAGGAAUUGCUUGCAACCAGUCAUGAUGGAUUUAGGAAAGUGGCCAGUCUUCACACUGCUGUCUCCUCAAGAAAUUGCCUCGAUUCGGAAAGCGUGCGUCUUUGGUGCUUCCGCCAAUGAAGCACUGUAUGUUACUGACAAUGAUGAGGUCUUUGUAUUUGGACUGAACUAUAGUAACUGUUUGGGAACUGGAGAUAAUCAGAGCACACUUGUACCCAAAAAGCUAGAAGCCUUAUGUGGGAAGAAGAUUAAAAGCCUUAGUUACGGGAGUGGACCACAUGUUCUUCUCAGCACUGAAGAUGGAGUUGUAUACGCCUGGGGCCACAAUGGGUAUAGCCAGCUUGGGUGUGGGUCAACCAACCCGGGCUUCGCUCCCAUCCAGAUCUGCACCAAUCUCUUGAACAAGCAAGUGGUGGAAGUAGCAUGUGGCUCUCAUCAUUCGAUGGCUCUGACAGCUGAUGGAGAUGUAAGUUAUGGCAGAAAACAGGCCAAACUGCCACCCUCCCUAAUACCUGGCCCGUCUGAGGAGCGUUUUCCGGGCAGUAGGCGGGGCCCGUCUCCAGGGUCAAACCAGCCGCUCCUCCGGGGGCCUCGGGGCCGGGCAUGCCCUCGGGUUGGCAGACCGCGCGCUAGGGCGGAGAGCGGGGCUUCCGGUAGCUUUUCCGUCCCGGUGGCCCCCCAGAGCUCCCGGCAGCCACCGCGCGCCGCCGCGACUUUCCGCAGGGCAGCGGGGCUCCCCCGGGGGCGGCCAGGCGGCACUGAACAAAGGGCGGCUUCCGCCUAG